UUUUUUUUUAAACACAGUGCAUGUGGGUCUCCGUUAGCUCUGAAGCCUUCCUCUCGCUGCUCUCUCACAAUCUGGUCCAUCUCAAAAAGCCAGGCUGCAGUCCCAGGGAUGGGCUCAUCUCCCUCUUCCCCAGAACCUUGCUGGCACCAGCAGACCAGCCUGGUACUUGCAAGAAACCAGGGCUUCAAGUUGGCUUGAUAAAGGGCUCCCCAGUUGGGAGUUGGCAUUUGCCUUCCCUGUGGCCAGUAGAUGUGCUUUCUGUGACCAGAGCCCGUGUUGUGGACAAAUCUGAUUCUGAAAUAGGUGUGAAAUGGGGAGGGGAGACCCCAUUCCCACCCUCUGAGGUCUGUCCCCAUCAGAGUACUCUUCCUCCCUCCUCCCUCCUUACUGGCUUCCUUGCUGCUCACCAACAAAGGCAAGCUUGGAGUGGGAGGGGAAGCAGGACUGGCUUCCUUCCUCAGUCUGGCAGUCCCCGAGAAGUCAGCAGGCUGGGCUUUCCAGCAAGGACUCAGGAGAUGGGGUGACAAAUCUUUCUUCCACAACAGUCUAUUGAUGCUCUAAAGUCUAAAAUGAUUCUCACACAGAAAUUAAACCAGCUCUGUCUUGCAUUGAGGCAGCCAGAGUGCCACGUCUUGCUGUGGUGCGAAGCUGUUGAACCCAGCCAGAGGCUCGCCAAGAAACCCUGCUUGAUGAAAGACAUCAUGAAGCUGCUGUGCUCCAUCUCUGAGAAUCAGAAGAUGAAGGUGGCUGUCAGGUACUCUAUGGAAAGCGCCCUGAUCACAGGAGGUGUGGUCUUCAUCGGUGGUCUGUUCGGGGGUCCGCUCGGACUAGCUGUUGGGGGGGCUGUCGGGGGACUCUACAGUGCGUGGAUGACAAGCGGACGGUUUGAGCCAAUUCCUCAGAUCAUAAAGGAGCUGCCGCCCACUGAGCAGCAAAAGCUCUUUAAUGAAGCCAUGGCCAUCCUCGGGCACCUGGACUGGAUGGACGCUGUGCAGAUGACCACACUGGUCAUGGGCAGCGAGCCCCUGAAGCAGCAGCUGCUGGCCAUGGUGAAAGAGUUCCUCAAAGGCCUGUACAUUGACUACAGACCUCCUCCUGGGAUGAGGAGGCCACUUAGAUGAUUCUUUGACCCACAGGAUGGUGGGCCACUUAGACGGUUCUCCUUGGGGGUGUCUGGGUGGCUCAGUGGGUUAAACUUCUGCCUUUGGCUCAGGUCAUGAUCUCAGGGUCCUGG